ACAGUCGAAACUUGGCCCCCCGUGUCAGCCAGCCGACCCAAUACAUUUCACACGUUAUACCUACCUGGAUGUGGUCGUGCGCAAGCAAGUGAUUACUUAACCACAUGCUCUACUCCGCAUUGCAAGUUCCUUGCCUACAAGAUUACUAGUUCACCUAGGAGUGGUAUAAGUACAGACGUCCAUUUUGCAAGAGACGUGUUUUCUUGGGUCAUUGUGGUUCACGGUUUCUCCAUCGUAACAAAAAUGGAGUUUAGAGUCGUCUGCUUCGUUUCGUUACUGGUGGUUCUCGUAGUGAGAAGUGGGAAGUGUCAGACUAUGGACUUCGAUGAGGCAGGGCAAGCUGCAGUGGUGGAGGACAACUCAUCGAAGACUGGAACCGAGGAGCCGAUAGGCAGCGACAGCAAUAGCAGCACGGCAACUAACUCACCUGGUGGAGUUGAAGAUGGCUCAAAGGUUGCUACAACGGAUUCAUUCGCCACAAGAACCAACACAACAGAAGAUACAACCACUCUGCAAACUGCCUCUGCAGUGGGAACCACGGGCGAAGCGGCUGAGCUCACGGCUAUAUCCACAACAUCCACUCGCUAUGCUGAUGUGACCACGAGUUCAGUUCCAUCCACUAUCGUGGAGGACGUAUCCACGGAUUCAAAUACUUCAGCCGCCACGACUGCAGACUUAUCCACAAAUUCAACUACUCUAUCCACCGAUGACUUCACCGUCAACAGAACGGUCUUGUCAACAACCCAAGCAUCCACCACUGCUGAGACAACUACUCGUCAGACAACUACUACAGGUCCGCAAACAACAGUGGAGCCCUGUUUAUUCGACAAUGGAGGUUGUUCCGAUAUCUGUUUACCCAUCGUGGACGGAGGCUACGAGUGUGAAUGUUUCGAGGGAUUUAUUCUUGGAGAAGACGGCAAAACAUGUGAAGAUAAAGACGAGUGCUUGGACAACCCAUGUGAUUCCACGCAGGAGUGCUUCAACAUAAUUGGCACCUACUUUUGCUUCUGUUCGGAGGGCUAUCUGGAGUUGGACGACGGCUACUGCGAAGAUAUCAACGAGUGUCUUAUUGAGGGGCCGUGCGGCGCCAAUGCUGGCUGUAGAAACGUGCCCGGGUCGUAUGACUGUCUCUGUUUCCCUGGCUUCAUAUCAACACGAGGGGGCGUAUGCGAAGACGUCAAUGAGUGUGAGUUUCCCGCGCUAUGGCAGGCGCGAUGCGGGCUCAAUUCUAACUGCAUCAACACACCUGGUUCCUAUGACUGUGGUUGCGUUGACGGCUACACUCGAAUCCCCCUACUCGGUUGUCAAGAUAUCGACGAGUGCAGUUUGUCUGAUAGUGUCUGUGACGGUGAGGGCGCUGCUUGCAUCAACACAGAGGGUAGCUUUAGAUGUGAUUGUGACGUGGGCUACGAACGUUCCGCUGAUGGAAACAAUUGCAAAGACAUUAAUGAGUGCGAAGCCAGCGAGUUGGGCCCUUGCCCUCAGGAGUCCGUCUGCCAGAACCUUCGUGGGUCAUACUUCUGCCAGUGCCCGUCUGGGUUUGUCGGGGAUGGUUUUACAUGUGAAGAUGUGGACGAAUGCGAGAUGGAGAUAGCUGACUGCCACGAGCUGGCUAGAUGCGGCAAUCUGAUUGGCUCUUACUUCUGCCAGUGCCGUACUGGUUACCAUGGCGACGGGCGAAAUUGUUUCGAUGCCGACGAAUGUGUUCUUGGCAAUGGAGGCUGCGCCCAGAUAUGCCUCAACACGAGAGGGAGCUUUAGGUGUGAGUGCGGCGCCGGAUACACCAUGGCGCCCAACGGCCUGGACUGCUUAGAUAUUGACGAGUGUUUGGAAGACCACAUGUGCAUGCAGCAUUGCGAGAACACGAUCGGCUCCUUCCAGUGUUACUGUGAUGCCGGAUACCAGUUGCAUAACGAUGACGUCACUUGCGUUGACAUGGAUGAAUGUAAACUGAGUAAUGGCGGUUGCGAGGAGUUGUGCGUUAACACCCAGGGGUCCUAUUACUGCCAAUGUGGACCCACAAGAUACUUCGCUACUAAUAGCACCACGCACUGCCGAGAUAUUGCAUCUUGUGAGGAAAAGAACGGUGCGUGUGCCCAGUUGUGUCGGCUGGACCAGCGGGGCAUCGUGUGCGACUGCACGGUCGGCUUUGUGCUACAUGAGAACGGUCGAGACUGUGUCGACAUGAACGAGUGUAGCGAUGCGAAUGGUGGCUGCGAGCAGCUGUGUAGGAAUCUCGAUGGCGGUUACCAGUGCGAGUGUCGUGAAGGGUACCAGGUUAGCCCGCAGAACAGCUACAGGUGCGAAGCCACGUGCGAACCGGCAUGCCGUAACUAUGGCAUCUGCGCCGGGCCCAACCGCUGUGUGUGCCCCGCUGGAUACGGAGGGGAAACCUGCACGCCAACCUGUAAUCCUCCAUGCUCACACGGCGGAACCUGCAUGCGAUGGAACCGCUGUAUGUGUGCUCCGGGCUACAGCGGCAUAGGCUGCCAGAAAGCCAACUGUGAGUUGCCAUGCCAGAACGGAGGGAACUGCAUCGGUCCUAACGAGUGCCAAUGUCCAUCUAAUUACGUGGGUGACCAGUGCCAAACGCCAUCCUGCGAGCCUGAAUGUUUGAACGGAGGCUCCUGCGUCGAUGUCAAUUACUGUAUCUGCCCGCCGAAUUACCGCGGAGCCCGCUGUCAAAUCGAACUCAAGAGGUGUAGCCUGCCGUGCCUGAAUGGCGGUCGGUGCGUGGGCAACAACAAAUGCAAAUGCCUGCUGAACUACGACGGCGCCCGCUGCCAAACACUUAGGCAGACCAAGUGUCGUCCAACAUGUCAGCAGGGUGGAAUCUGUUUCCCUGGCAACGUAUGCAGAUGCCCCGAGGGUACGGGCGGAUUACAUUGUGAGAAAAGGACCUGUCCAUUGGAGACUUACAUAGAGUCCAUGGUACGGGGAGUCAGGAAACGCGUCCAGGAGGAAGUCACCAAGCCCUGCGGCCUAUUCGGCUGGAGAACCUGCACCACGCUAGAGUAUGUGCAGAGGUAUGUGUAUGUCACCCAGUACCUUACUGGCUACCGUGUGGCGUGCUCAAAGUGAGCCAACGCGAGGUCUCGCGUCGUUGCUUGGCCGGCUUGACAUCGAUAAAGGGUCAACGGUUUCAUAGUUUAACCUGUAACCAAUGCAUACAAAUUAUAUUUUGUAAAACUAACAGCCUGGAAAUUUGGGAUCUCAGAUUUUGCUUGUGUUCUAUAGAUGACUUUCUAGUUAAGAUCGAAGACGAGGCUCCCGGUGCUAGGACAUUGAUGACCAAUAGUCUUUUUUUAAUCCUUUAAUCCUACAGAAAACACUGAGACCCUUGAUAUGGAUAUUCUAAUAUGAAAUUUCGUCAAAGGACUAACAGAGGCGAGGUUUCAUGUCUUUAAUUUAGCCCCACCUCAAAUUAUAUCAAUCAUUACUGGACCGAGCCCAGUCUAAUGUGGCUUUCGGCAACCCGGGAUUCCCGGGUUCGAAUUCAUGAGCACCCCACUUAGAUAAUGGCUUCUCAAUCGGUUAACGAUUAUGUUCGCACAUACGGCGGCAGUGCAUGGUUUGUUCUUGAUCAUAUCAUGGAGCCUUUAUUUUAUAGCUCCAUGAUCAUACAGUCAGGCUAUCCUCAAUGUGUGUGUGUCGUUGUCCAGAGCCACCCGCCUCCCAUCAGAAUUUGGGCUAGGUCCAGUAAUGUUGAAUGAAUUUCUUUGACCUUGCCCUUGAAAAUGAGAAUGAAUCUGUACACUUUGAGAUUUAAAUGGUAUACAAUGUAGUUAGGAGGCCGGUUCAGUACGUAUGAUAGUUCUUGAAUUUGUUUUAUUCGAAAGCUAAAACAGUGAGAAGUGAAGCAACCAAAGUUUUAUUCCCAAAACUGUGUUCCGUCUCUGUCAUUUUAUCGUGGUUUUUUUUUUAUGUAAGGGGAGAGCAGUUUGGGAGGGGGUGGUUUAGACAUAUAGAAUUGUUGAAAAAAAGGAUUAAGUACUUCAAAAUCCACAAAACUACUAGUGUUACUGCAGAAAUUGCAUAUCCGAUCAUGGCUUUUGCCUUCGUUAUUUUAACAAAUCGCCUGAACGGUUUUAUCAUUAUUUUAUGAACUACUUUUAAUGUUAAUAUGUAUAAUCUUCAUUAACUUCUACGAAACGGUGACGAAAAUUGCCAUCAAUCCAGUGAAUAAAUGUACAUUGCACAUGAGAACGAUGAAGAUA